AUGAAUAAAAAAACCCCUACUGUCUAUAUUAUUUUACACAGUCUGUAUCAGCACACUUACAAACUCUCAUUAGCCAUUAAAGAAGGUCUAGAAAGCAAAGGCAUACAGGUUCAAACAUAUAUUGUCCCAGAGAGUUUGUCUACCGAAGCGCUCCUCUGCGGUGUGAGCGCACCUACAUCCCUUCCUGACCUACCAACCCUACCUUCCAUUAAUAAGCUUGCUGAACCUGAUGGCAUACUCUUCGGCUUUCCUAGUUGUUUCACAGUUACCGUGCCAGCCCAAAUAAAAGCCUUUCGAGAGGCGCGCUCAAGGAGAAAUUUGCAAGCACUUUUUAUUGCGCAUGUUCACCUCCUGGUGUACAACUUGUCAACGCUCUUUGUACUCCCGUUUCUCGCUCAUCAUGGUAUGCUGUACGUGCCGCUGGACUAUUCGAAUGGUCAACUUAACGAGGGAAGUUCUUCUUAUGGUGGAAAAGCUGGGCAACCUUGUAGAAAUGAGUUGGAAGUGGCGAAACAGCGAGGCGCAAGGUUUGGAGAUGUUGUAGCAAGUUAUAUUAGAGGCAAAGAGGUUUAUAAUAGCAGCGAUGCUAACAUUCGAAAGACAAAUGAUUUUUUGAAGAAAAAUAGUUCUUGGGGUUUGUCAGAUUAUGAUUUUGAAAAUGACUUGAAUAAUGAUAACAAUAGAAACGGUGCAGCGUUGAACGAAACAGUAAUGGCUAUUUCUCUGGUUCACCAGCCCCCGGCUUCUGAGCAAUCAACUUUUAAUUGUGCUUCAUCACAUAUAGCAAUCGCGAAAGCUAAUGUUGAUUUUACUGCAACAAAUAGCUAUCAAAACAAAAAAAUGCUUACAACGGGGAAAAAGUGUAACAACAUAAAUCAGACGAAGAACAACAGCGGUCGUGGCAGUUCUAGUAUAGACAAAAAUGAGUGUAAUAAGAAAUGGUACAUAAUCAAAAAAUCCAACAAUUCUUGCGAUAAUAGUGUAACUAGUCGUCGUAUGAGUUGUCAGAAAUGGAUGUGUUGGUGA